CCUAUGAAAAUUAGCCAGAGCCUCGCACCCGAAUCCUCGUGCCCUCGAUGCCGCACGAGUCGCGUACCUGCUCCCUCCCUCAAUCCCAAGCUCCGCCGCCGCACCCCAAUUCUCGAUCUGAAUCUUCAUCUCACGCCGACGCGAUGUCUCCCGAUGAUCACCAGAUUUUGUUUCGCAGCUAGGUUUCCCCCUCCCGGCGUGCUCCCGCAUGUUGUCCCUCGCCGCCCAACCCGCCCUCACGCACCACCUCCAUUGGAUCCGUCGCCUUGCUGCUGCGGGCGUGGAUCAAGAGCAAGGAAGCCGGGAGGGAGCGAUGGCCACUGGCCGCCUCACAUCGAGGUUGAAGGCCAUGACCGCUUUGUCACUGUCGUCAUGCGCUCCGCGCUGGGAGUCGCCGCCUCUUUGGCCGAUGUGGCGCCAGGGUCGACUCGGGCUGGAGCUUCCUGUGCGGCGAGAAGCCAUAUGUCUAAUGCCCUGAUCUCGCGCCGGAGCGUGCGCAAUCGUCCUCGCGCGUGGAGGCGCAGAUGCGGCCGUCGCCUCCAGGUUGUUGUUCCUACCUGGGAGUAUUAUCAGUCUGUUGUAUUCGGCAAGGUAGCCUUUGUGGUCACAUACCGAUUCUGGCAUGAGAGUGAUGGUGUCGUUCAUGCCCGAGUAUGCUGGUGUCUCUCGGCAUCCUGGAGUCCGGCACCGCCCUUUCCAGCUUGGUCACCGUUGGCAUGCAUGACGCGCUCCUCGCUUAUGGUGUGCAUGUUCAUGGACUUUUGGAUGUACAGGGUGGGCUAUGAUCAUCGCAUCGACGCAAUCGCUGGAGUCCACCAUAACCACACUGCAUGCAUGCCAAUGGCGUCGGAGCAGGCUCCAUCAGCUUUGACUGUAGCGGUCGGUCUAGAUGGUCUCAGGGAGCAUCACCGGCUGGGCCAACAUCCUCUAUCGGUCGCGACAUGUGUCACACUAGGGCUAGCACAACAAUGGUUGGUACUCGCCCCUUUGUGUCUGGAGGAUCCCAAAAUACCUCUGGAUAUUGUGCUUUUGUAGAGAAGCCACGAUAAUGCCAAUCUCGGCGUUGGGAUCCAGAAAUAUCUUUGAAUGUAUGGGAUUUGCAAAAGGCCACGACCACAAUAGUGCAAGGAUCUGCUGAAGCAGUGGUUGUAAAGGCUCCGCGUGAGUGAUUCCGUGCAAGGGGAAUGAGAGUUCUAGAAAGAGGUGGAAGAUAAUCUGUUCAAUCUUUUCAAAGGUACAUUGGUGAAAUGCAGCAACCAGAUAAACGAAAUGCAUUACUCCAUCACCACACUGAUGCUCCAUCUCCCUCUGAUGGCAAGUGCGACCCUGAUGAAGCUGCUCCCCUACAUCAAGGACUACCCCAACAGUGCGGCCUUGAUGGCACAACUCCCAUACACCAAGGACUAGCCCCAUGGUGCGGCCACGACAUCACUGCUCCCCUACACUGCCGACUACAACCUGAGAUCUUAGAACAGGUUUGCAGGUUCAUUGGAAUGCACAGUAAGAAUUACAGUAAGAAGUUCAACUACGAGCCCAGACAUGAGGUAUUUUAACCGCCAACAGAGGGUGUGUUGCGCUAAAAAAUAGUAAUCUUCGCUCCAAAUUCUUAGGUCACUGGCCCAGGUUAGUGCCCAUUGUCAUUGUGCAUCUCUGUUAACUAUUUUAGAACUAGCACAAAUCUGAGUAGGGCUGGAACAAAAUGAACACCCAGGGUUCGAGUACCUCUACUAUGAUAUAAUUAUCUUCCAAACAGGUGUCAUUUCCUUAUCAAGAUGGUUCUCGUGAUUUAGGAAAACUAACAACACCUCAAUGGUCUUUGCACUAGAUUGAUGCACGAGAGCUUCUAGAUGUUCUUCUCGAUCUUGAAUAUUCAUUUUCUCCAACUAUGCAAGAUUUGCUUGUGUAUAAGUUUGAUAAGGCCAGGGGCAAGAACAAAGUGGUUGAUUCAUUGAAUGAAGUAUGCGUUAUGUACAGUCCUCCAGAAUUCAGAAAUUGAUCUAUAAUUCUGUGAAGAGAAGGUUUUCAAACCCAAAGGAGCAUUGGCAACCUUAGGGACUUGGGCGCCAGCGUGUAGUCCCUGCAGAAGUUGCUCACCCGGAAGGUGGUCUUCUCCAAGGCCUCCUUAGCCUUUGAACAAGACCGCUCCAUCAAGGGUAAACCAUUGAGUGGCAAUGAUACAUGUGUGUCCAUUGCAACUUAGAGGUACGACAUAGUGAUUAGCAGCAUGAGGUGCUGAGCACAUCGCGUGUGUGUCUGUAUGUGUGCGCUGAUAUGUGGUUCAUGAGGAACAAACUGAUUAAGCAUGCUCCAAAGCUACGAGCGACUGAACUAGGUAUCUUUUCUAUUUUCAUGGUGAAGCCUGGUUUUAACUGCUAAAGAAUAGCAGGAGAUGGAAUCAUUGAAAUACAAUCAAUUCUUAAGUAAAUGAACUGAGACUUGAUGGUUGUGUGUUAUUGGUACAAUAUGUAUUUUGGGCCUGAAUGAAGCAAAUCGAGAAUUCCUGGUUACUUAUUAUUAGUAUAGUAUACCUUUUUUGGGCCUGAAUUCUGAACCUUGCUGAUUUUUUUUAGUAGUGUGUUAUCAGUGUAGUAUGCAUUUUUGGCCUGAAUCCUUAACCUUAUCUAGGUAUUGAUUUUCUGCAAUCAGUGAAGCACUCAUGGUCAUGCGUAUUUGUUAGUCUACAUUACUUAUAGAUUUAGUUGUUUUGAUAUGUAUCCAUUCGUCGGUUAGUUAACUGAAAUUUGUUGGCAGUGGUUCUUUAUGUUCUUUAACUGUUAUACAGAAGCAGCGGACUGAAACAUUUAAAAGCAAUCAGCUCUUUAUGAAUUAACUAAAGACUUGAUGGUUGCGUUAUUAUUAUAGUAUAUACAUUUUUGGGCCUGAAUUACAAAUCUGAUUCAAAUAUCCUUGUUUUGUGUUAUUAUUAUGGUAAUGUUAUCGAGCUUUGUUAAUGUUUUUUUUCUUUCCUUCCUGAACUUUCGAUACUCUCUGCAGUGAUGAACUGUUUUUGCAUGUCAGUUAAGUACCAGGGCAACCACAGAUGAUGUUCCUUCCAUUCAUUGAGUUGCCUUACUGUUAUGUCGUCCAACUUUUUGUUAAUAUACACACUCGACAACUUACUGUUAUAACGUCCAACUUUUUGUUAAUAUACACACUUGAUUCUGGAACCCAUGAACUCUUUGUCUCUCCGAGGACAUGUUUCACAUCUACUCCUGUUUGUAAAAAAACAUUAUAGUCUAUUAUGUGUUAUAUAGUCAAAAAAUACAUAAUUGGUUCUCUUCUAUGUGCUUUCCUUAAUGAAUACACUUGGUUCACAAAAGCCUUAGCAUAAUUUGUUGAACAAGUUUUGCCUAAUUUUAUUUCUUGCAUCUCCUGUGGUAAGUUUUAUUUCUUGGUACUUGUAAAAUUGUUCAGAUUACUUAGCUUCGUUCAACUGCUGUGUUGACUAAAUCUACUGUGCCUAUAAACAUACGUGCUUGCCCGUGACCAUGUCGGCUAUGUUGUUAUUCUUUCUUGAAUUGGUAGGUUGAAACCAAGAGGGCAUUGUAAACUUUGAUGACACUUUGUGGGAAACCAAUUACUUCAUGGCCAGAGGUGAUUUUGGAAUGGAGAUUUCAGUUGAGAAGAUAUUCCUUGCACAGAAAAUGAUGAUCUACAAGUGCAACCUUGCUGGUGAGCCUGUUGUCACAGCGAUUGUAGGCACCAUCCAUUCCAAUUGUCCAUUGGUUUAACUGCAGUUUUUUAUGUACAACUUAUACGCCGGACAGAUUUUUUUUACUUGCCCUGAUGAAGUUGUAGACUAUACACAUAAGUUGCUGAUUUUGCAUGCUAUACUUGUGUAAAUGUUGUUCCACCUUCCCACUUUGUAAUUUCAUGGCCAUUUCAGAUGAUCUAGACAUUUAAUGUAUGGAAUUUACAUUGGCACUAAAUAAGGAAUAUUGAAAGAUAGUAUGC